AUGUCGGCCCACAAGUCGCCGUCCCCCGCGCGAAGCAGUCGCUCGGCGUCGCUAGCGAAAGGGUCUGAUGCGGACAUGGCGAGUCCGCCUCGAGACGACGUCGAGCCGCGGCCGGUUGAGGACCGCGAGACGCCGCGUCGCAGUCGGUCGCCGGACGCAGCGGCGGCGGCGGCGACUUUAGAGACGGGUGUAGCGGCGGCGGCGGCGACGUCGGACCGGGACGACAAGACGGUGGAGAAUCCGGGCAACAAUCUGUACGUGGCCAACUUGGCGACGCGCGUGGGGCAGCCCGAGCUGCAGGAGCUGUUUGAGAAGUACGGACGCGUGAGCAAGUGCGAAGUGAUUGUGGACCCCGUGACGCGCGAGUCGAGGGGGUUUGGAUUUGUCACGUUUGACGACGUGCGGGAUGCAGAGGACGCUGUGAAGGAGCUGAACAACCAAGAGGUACAGGGCCGCAAGGUGCGAGUCGAGCACGCAAAGCGGAAGCGUGGCCACGAAAAGACUCCAGGACAGUACCUUGGACCGCGACUUGCGAGCGCAAAGUACGGUGGACGCGAUCGCUAUAGCGGGGACCGCAGUCGAGACCGAGGACGGCGGAGUCGUAGCCGAGACCGUGGCGGAUUCUCGCGUCGCAAUGACGAUAGGGACCGCGGACGCAGCGAUGACCGUGGCCGUGGCGACGACCGAGGGCGUGGUCGCUACGAUGACCGCGAUCGCAACCGAGGGGGCUACAACCGUGACACGGGCGAUGAUCGACGACGCCGGUAG